AUGAGGCGAGCAGGGCAGGCCAAGGGUGGCAGCCAGGUUCAGUUGGGAGUCCAGGUCAUCAGACAAGUCCAUGAUGAUAAGGAUUGUUCUACACAUCAAACAAAAUCAGUUCAGAGCUGUGAUGGAGUAUCAGACUUAGACAGCUACAAAUCAAGCAGUACAGAAAAUUUCUGCCUUAUAUCAUCAUCCAAGAGAAACAGACCCCAAAGUGCUCCCACAGGUCAACUAAGAAUGCUCUCUUUUUCAAAACUCUAGCAUGCCCAGAAGGCAUCUGCAGUAUCCAAAGUUAUUAAACAGCAACCAAAUGUAAUCAAAAUCAUUGCUUACAAGAAUGGCACAAGAAAGAUCUUUGCUAACGUUUCUGUGUUCUCAAUUAAGCCACUGCUGGAGGAGUACACUGAAAAGCUGAAUCUGAACAUGGCUGCAUGAUGAGUGCUCUUGGCAGACGGCACCGAAGCACUAGAACCUAAAGACAUACCCCAUGAUGCCGACGUUUAUAUUUCAACUGGAGAGACCUUUUUAGAUCCAUUCAAAAAAAUCAAAGACCAUCUGUCAUUAAUGAAGAAAGUAACAUGGGCAGUGAAUGGCCUGGUUCUUCAUAAUGGUGUCAAGCAAAGAAUCAAGACUGUCGUUUCCAACUGCAUGAAGAAAACUAUAGAGAAGACCUCAGUCAGAAUUUUAGCGUUUAAGAACUGCACAGGGUAGGAUGGCUAUGACAUUGUUGCAUCACAGAAUCAAAUUGAAAAGUUCACUGCCCAGCCACAUAAAAGCUUUUGCCAGUACAAGAAAAAAGUGGCAUGGAGGUGGAAAGAAACAAUGGAGUCUGAAAGACAGAAAAACUUGGGAACGUUCUAG